AAGUGCUUGUUACAUGACAGCCUAGUGAGCACUCAGGAGCGGCUGCCAUUCCUGCCCAUACGACACCCUUCCACAGCAGUGAGCACAGACAUGCACACAGGCUCACUCUCCUUUUGGUACACGGUCGAAAAUGUAACCCCCAUCUCCCUCCCACCCAAAGGCCUGUAUCCUCUCUUUCAAAUUCCUCCUACCCUCCCACCCACUCCCAUGCCCCCUCCCCUGGCCCCCGGCCCCAGUGUGGUCUGGAUGGGCCCCACGGGGCAGGGACAGGGACAGGACGUGGGGCUGUAUCUGACAGGAACCUGAGGGGCUGGCCCGGGAGGGGAUUGGGGCCCGGCUUCCUGAAGGGAGGAUGGGCUAAGGCAGGCGCACAGUGCCGGAGAAGAUGCCCUCCUGGGCCCUCUUGGUGGUCACCUCCUGCCUCCUUCCUGCCCCCCAAAACCUGGCACAAGUCACCAGCCAAGAUGCCUCCUUGCUGGCCUCGGACUCAGAGCCCUUGAAAUGUUUCUCCCGAACGUUUGAGGACCUCACUUGCUUCUGGGACGAGGAAGAGGCAGCGCCCGGUGGAACGUAUCAGCUGCUGUACGCCUACGCAGGGGAGAAGCCCCGUGCCUGCCCCCUGAGUUCCCAGAGUGUGCUGCCCUCUGGAACCCGAUACGUGUGCCAGUUUCCAGCCCAGGAUGAAGUUCGCCUCUUCUUUUCACUGCACCUGUGGGUGAAGAACGUGUUUCUGAACCAGAAUCUGACCCAGCGGGUGCUCUCUGUGGAUAGUGUGGGACUGCCAGCUCCCCCCAGUCUCAUCAAGGCCACGGGUGGCAGCCAGCCAGGGGAACUUCAGAUCAGCUGGGAAACCCCAACUCCAGAAAUCAGUGAAUUCCUGAGGCAUGAACUCCGCUAUGGCCCCAAGGAUCCCAGGAACUCCACUGUCAUCCAGCAGCUGUCCACAGAAACCUGCUGUCCAGCUCUGUGGAGACCAAAUCCAGCUCCAGCUCUGGACCAGCCUCCAUGUGCUCAGGCCAUGAUGCCCCAACAGGAUGGACCAGAGCAGACCUCCCCAACUAGAGAAGCUCCGUCUCUGACAGUGAUACGUAAAAGCUGCCUCAUCUCAGGGCUCCAGCCUGGUAACUCCUACUGGAUCCAACUGCGCAGCCAACCUGAUGGGGUCUCCUUCCGUGGUUCCUGGGGAUCCUGGUCCCUCCCUGUGACUGUGGCCCUGCCUGGGGAUGCAGUGGAAAUUGGACUGCAGUGCUUUACCUUGGACCUGAAGAAUGUUACCUGUCAGUGGCAGCAAUGGGACCAUGCUAGCUCCCAAGGCUUCUUCUACCACAGCAGGGCACGGUGCUGUCCCAGAGACAGGGACCCCAUCUGGGAGAAGUGUGAAGAGGAGGAGAAAAUUCCAGGAUCACAGCCCUCCCGGUUCUCCCGCUGCCACUUCAAGUCACGAAAUGACAGUGUCAUUCACAUCCUUGUGGAGGUGACCACAGCCCAGGGUGCUGUUCACAGCUACCUGGGCUCCCCUUUCUGGAUCCACCAGGCUGUGCUCAUUCCCACUCCAAAUUUGCACUGGAGGGAGGUCUCUAGCGGGCAGCUGGAAUUGGAAUGGCAGCAUCCAUCGUCCUGGGCAGCCCAAGAGACCUGCUAUCAGCUUCGAUACUCAGGAGAAGGCCAUCAGGACUGGAAGGUGCUGGAGACGGCUCUCGGGGCCCAGGGAGAGACCCUGGAGCUGCGCCCACGCUCUCGCUACCGUGUACAGCUGCGCGCCAGGCUCCACGGCUCCACCUUCCGAGGUCCCUGGAGCCCCUGGUCAGACCCAGCGUGGGUGGAGACCUCGUCUGAGACCGCCUGGAUCUCCUUGGUGACCUCUCUGCUCUUGGUGCUGGGCCUCAGCGCCCUCUUGGGCGUGCUGCUGCUGAGGUGGCAGUUUCCUGAGCACUACAGGAGCCUGAGGCAUGCCCUGUGGCCCUCACUUCCAGACCUGCACCGGGUCCUCGGCCAGUACCUUAGGGAUACUGCUGGCCUGAAUCCGCCCAAGGCUGCAGUCUCAGAUGCCUAUGAGGAAGUGGAACCCAGCCUCCUUGAAAUUCUACCUAAGACCUCAGAGAAGACUCCCUUGCCCCUAUGUUCCUCCCAAACCCAGAUGGACUACAGAGGAUUGCAGCCUUCUUGCCUGGGGACCAUGCCCCUGUCUGUGUGCCCACCUGUGGCUGAGCUGGGGUCCUACUGCACUACUCACAUCGCCAACCAUUCCUACUUACCUCUCAGCUGUUGGCAGGCCCCUCGGUCCCAGUACCCUGGACAGAUCCAAACCCUCUAGAGCUUCCUUCUAAACUUCCCUACCCAUCCUAUCUCAACAACACAACCAUCUCAGACUCCACUUCCCUCCCCCUUGUCUAUCCUCCUAGCUGGGUUUUGUAACACUGAUCUUUCGGUACUGCCACUGACAUAGAUCCAGGACCUUCUCUCCUCAGGCAAGGUUCAUUUGACUAAGAUCCUAUAACUUUCACCUCCUUUCUCUCUCCUCUUUAAUGCCAAACUCCCUGAAAAGAAGGCUCCAUUUCCCUAUUCCCAUUUGCUCCUCAGACUACUUCAAUUAAUCCCUCCCACUAUCACUCUGCUAAUGAGACUCAGACUUUCUAACUGCAAGAUCCAAUAGAGAAAAAAAAAGAUCCAAUUGGAUCUUGUUAAUCCUCAAUUUAUUUGAUCUCUCUGUUGGCAUUUGUCAUGGUGACUACCCAUUUCUCCUUUAAAUUCUCUCCUACCAUAGCUCGCAUAAUUACUCUCUCUCCUGGCUCUGCUCAGGUCUCUCUAAGUAUAUUAGUAAUCAAGAACAUAAAUUCUGGAGUCAGAGCUGGGUUCAAUUCCUGUCUUUCCCACUUGCUAUUUGUGCAAUCUUGGACAAAUAACCUAAAGUCUUCGAGUCUUAAUUUUCUCAUCUAUAAAGCAAGGGUAAUAAUAGAACCCCAUAGGGUUGUGAAGAGCAUUUAGUGAGGUAAUCUGAGUAAAGCAUGUUGCCUAGGAAUGUGUUGUGUUUGAUAUAUCUAAAUAAUCAUAAUUAUUCCUUCCUAAUCUCUUAACCUUGAGUCUCUUCCCCUUUUAAUUAUUGCAUUCCCUCAAGAGUCCAUUCGUAACAGUUUCCAAUCCCAUCUACUCUCAUUGUUUUCCUCUCUACUGACCAUUCCAAAGUUCUUAUCUCCAGCCCAGACUUCUGUUACAGUACCUGUGAUCCUUUAUGCAAGUAACCAUUUACAUAUCUGUUUUCUGUUACUAGAUUGUGAGCUCCUUGAGGGCAAAGGCUGUGAUUUAUUUGUCUUCUCCCCUCCCCAACACUUACCCCCAGCACCUAGAGUAGUGUUUGGUGCGUGGUAGGCCUUCAAUAAAUGUUUUCUCAAUGAAGGAAAUCUUUCUGGACAAUGCCACCUUAACCCCAGGCCGACCUCCCUCAUCUUUUAUGCCAUUCAUAUGCAGUGGUAAAUGCACUUAGGCCGUUCUGGUUAUGAAUUCCCCUGACCCAUUCAAAUUCUCAAACCAGUGGUAUUUUCUGCUGACUCCAGACAUACUCACUGUAUCAGUCAGGAUCUUGGCAUAGAUGAUAUAUUCAGUCUGGGUAUCUUGAUGAGAGUUUAAUAAACGGCAUAUUUAUAAAGAUAUGGCAGGAGUUAGGAAAACCAUCAAGAAAUAGUGCAGUAUCCCAGGGCUAACAACAGCUGGGAGUUGGUCCCCUCCCCACCCUCCCCACCACUAGGCAUCAAGGGGUAAGAUGACAGAGUGGUUAUGAGCUCCGAGAUCCGAGAUUCAGAGACAGUAGCUAGAGAGGGCUGCCUGGCAGGAGUUGUGGCAGAGCCACAGCCAACCUGUGGGGACAUGGUAGGGACUGAGCCAGGGGAAUAAAAAGCUCACGCCUGUUCUACCCCACCCUCUGAUCUCCUCUGUAUUAGUUUUCUAGCACUGCCGUAACAAAGUACCACAAACUUGGCGGCUUAAACAACAGACAUUUAUUUUCUCACAGUUCUGGAGGCUAGAAAUUCAAGGUAUCAGCAGGGAUGGUUCCUUCUGAGAGUUAUAAGGAAGACUCUGUUCCAUGCCUCUCCCCUAGCUUCUAGGGGUCUCCUGGCAAUCUUUGGUGUUUCUUGGCUUGUAGAAGCAUCACCUCCAUCUCUGCCUUCAUCAUCACGUGGCGUUCUCCCUGUAUGUGUCUGUGUCCAAAUUUCUCCAUUUUACAAGAACAUCUAGCAUUUUGGAUGAGGGCCCACCCAAAUGACUUCAUCUUAACUAAUUAUAUCUGGAGUGACCCUAUUUCCAAAUAAGGUCACAAUCUGAAGUACUGGGACUUAAGUAGGCAACAUAUAAAUUGGCAGGGGGUGGGACACAAUUUAACACAUAACAUCCUCCCAUUGGUGGAAUACAAAUAGAAACCCAAGCCCAAGGGAAUCCUUUGAUGCAGGUCAUAUAUGUCAGCCUCACUGGGCCCAGGGCAGAGUAGAGAAGGAUGAAGAGUAGGUCUGGAUGGGACAAAUGGAUGACAUCCAGUAUACUCACUUCCCAUAAUUCCUUCCCCCAGCCAUGUCCAAGGCUCCGACUCUGUCCCUAGGGACUCAAAACUAAGGUUGAGAUCCAAACCACUGAACCUCUCGCCUCUUCACCCAUUCAGCCAUCAUGACCACUUUUACGUCCUGAAUUCUGCCUCCUCUUCUCCAUCUCACCUGAGCUAUUACUACAGCCUCUACCUAAUAUCUCUGCCUCCAGUCUCUCUCCUUAAAUCCAAUCUGUACGUUGCCUCCAAAUUGAUCUUCCUAUUCAUCUCUCUCCUUGCCCACUUCUUACCUCUAAAUCUUUAGCUUGACUCUUCAGAACCUGAUCUCUUUCUCUUCCACUAUUUCCCUAGCGUGAGGAUUAAAAGUAUCAACACAAUGCCAAGCACAUAGUAAAUACUCAGUGUUUACUGAGAUAUUUUUAUUAUUAUCUCAACUGGGCUGUUCCACUCCCCGAAUAUCACCUAUAUUUUAUUCCUGCCAUGCCCUUUGCUAACCUGGAUUUAGGUCCUUUAGGUGGGAGUUUCCCCAUCGACACUGUUCCUCAGCCUCUAAUUAUCUCUAAGUCCUUGUUCUCCUUCCCUCCAGCCUAAGAGGAAGUGACCUUUCUUUCCUAGACUGAAAAAGCUCCCUGUGUUUUCUAUCCCCUUUCUUCCUGGGCAAGGUAUCCAGACAUCUGGUUCUACCAGCUGGCCCUUGCCCAUCCUCUUCCAUCUCCCCUGGCCCUUUUGCCUUCACCUUCAAACACGCAUAGGCGUCUUGGUGCUGGCAUUCCCUUGAGCUCCCAUGCACUGCCCUCUUUCUCACUCCCGUAUUUCUCACACAAGUAGCCCGUGCUUGCUGCCUCCACAUUCUCCCUGCCCUUCUUUCUGUAACCCCUUCCAAAUAGAACAGGAGCACCUUCACCUCUCUCCAAGUUCACUGAUAAUUUGCUUCUCAAUCACCAGCUCUGACCUUUUCUGUCAUCAUCCUACUUGAUCGUUUUGUAUCAUAUUAGAAUUCCUUCCCCUUCAAGGUCCAGAUCAAUAGAAACUCCAAUGGCUUCUUUCAUUCUUUUUUUUUUUUUUUUUUUUUUGGCGGGAAGAGAGAGGUAAUUAGCUUUAUUUCUUUAUUUUUAGAGGAGGUACUGGGGAUUGAAACCAGGACCUCAUGCAUGCUAAGCAUGCCUUCUACAGCUUGAGCUAUACCCUCCCCCUCAUUCCUUUAUUUUUAAAUGUACGAAUUCCCUGAGGUUGUACGCAUAUUUACCCUAUUCUUUUUCUCUACAGCUACCCUUACUCCAGAAGCUGCAAAUUUCUGUCCAUGUCCUGCCCUCAGAAAUGUUUUGUUUGGCCCUUCCCUGCACAGAAACUCUCACUGAUUCCACAAUCCUGGCAGAUUAAGUCUAAACUUAGCUUUAACUUUUAAGGCCCUGACCAGUCUGACUGCUUUCUGUGUUCUCUGACAUUCAGGGACUCCCUAUUUCCAGCCCAGGACAGCUAACUCCUUGUUUUCCAAGGUAACUGGAAAUAGACAACAUGAAUGCUUCAAAAUAAAAAAUAAUAUAAUAUAACAAUAUUAAGUUUGCAUUAAGAGCCCCAGAUUUUUCUCUGUCAUCAUCAGAGUCGAUCUUAACCUAAUGAUUGAAAACAUGAUUUUUCUAGCCUCUCUCUAGGACAGUAUAGCAUAUGGUUAGGUUGCUGGGGUUAGUGAGAUAGUUUGGCUUCACUGCUUAUUAUUAUUGGCUAUGUGCCUUUGGGCAAGUUUCUAACCUUUCCUUGACCCAUUUUUUGUAAAAAGAGGAUAAGCAUCUGCUUUAUAAGAUUAAGGGUUAAACACAGUAAUGUAUGUAAAUUGUUUAAACACAGUAGUUAGCAGAUGGCCAAAGAAUGGUACCCAUUAUUUUAUAUUAUUGCUACUUCACCUCUAAGCAUAUUACACAAUUCACUUAAGUCAUUAUUAGAGCAUGGACUGAAUGGGAGUCAGACCUGGAUUCCAUGGGACCUCAGGCAAAUCCCUUCCUGGGCCUCGGCUUCUUCAGCCAAAAAUAUGGGUAUGUUGCUGUGAUAGGGAGGGCGCACCACGUGCAGAUUAAACUAGUGAAGCUCUAAAAUCCCUGACACUGCUAAAGCCUCAUGGAGGUAAGCCAGUUUCCCCUCACAGGGCACCCCAAUCUUAUCUCCCAGAUAGGCAAGUCUGAAUCCUGAUUCUUUUUCUGGACCAAAGGAUUCACCCCUCUUUCAGCCUCAUUUUACUUGUUUGUAAAGCAAUAACAAAACAGUUUUUAAAAACAAACACGUGCUACUUCCGUCCUAGCAGUAUUCCUGCUGGUACUAAACAGUGGAUGCUCUGGCCUUGUUUCUGCUCCCAAGCUUUUCCGUCUACUCCUUUCCCCGCAGCCCCCUCCUCGCUCCACUCUAGCCCGCCAGCGGCCGCCUGCUGCCUGUAACCUUCUCUAAACACCUGAAGUGCUUUAGGUCAUUCCACCGAGUCCUGCACUAUGCAUCGUAAAUACGAUCCACAGGCUGGGUUUAAAUAUGAAGGGCGGGUGCGGGGAAGCUGCGGAAUGAAUGGAAGCGACUGGG